GGCAACAUGGCCGCCGACACAGCCAUGAUGAUGCCUGCCGCCGUGAAGAAGGCACUGACGUCGUUCGGCCAGCAACUGCGAUGUCCUAUAUGCUUGGAGUCUGUGACGGUGCCCUACUCGUUGCCGUGCAACCACAUCUUCUGUGAACCGUGCAUUGGAGUCGCUUUGACCUACGCGCCAAAAUGUCCGGUUUGUAAAGCGCCAGCGAAGAAGCGCCAUUUACGACUCGAUGAGUCGAUCCAACGUAUCCAGAAUGCGUUACAAGGGUUGCUCGCGGGAGUUGCUGUGAAAGGAGACGACGACGAUGACACUGUCGCGACGAGGAGACAGUCAGAUUCGUGCGCGGCCAAGUCGCACGAAAGGUCAGCUCCGUCUCUCCACCAAUUUCAAAACCAUGCAACACAACCGUCUCGCGCGGAAACCACAAGCAUUCGACCUCCGAUUCCACCCAUUGUCACACCGUUGCGACUUCAGCCCACUCCCAUCAAGGGCGACCUUCCUCGCUACAAAGGUCGCAUCCUCCAACGUCGCCUCUCUCAAAAAGAAAACGAACCCACAAACAUGAGCGAGGUUCCGCCCCAAGCAGACAAUCCUGCGUGUCCCAGCGAUGAUCCAGUGACUCCGACUAAAGCACUGCAGCCGGUCAGAUCUCCCAGCUCGAAAGCCGACUUGCACUCGCGGACCUACUCGGACUCGAUCGUGCCAUGCACACAAGAGAGCUGUUCGACUCUCUUGGACUUGACAUCGUCGAUCGAUGCAACGACUCGUCUGUCGACGGACGAAUCGAAGAACGCCGCGCGCCCGACCUCAAAUCCUUCUCAACCAGCUCCAUUCAAGCCAGGGGACGUCGUGCAGGUGAUGGCGCGCACAUGGCCUGGCAUCAACAAGUUAGGAGGCACGGCGUGGAUCUCGACUUUUAAUCCAGAGGACUACACGUACAACGUCCGGUAUGUUCUCGGCGGCCGAGAAAACCGUGUGCAUUCGAAGUACAUUUCGAUCUUUCAGGACUUGGCGGAUGAAGCGAUGCCCGUGCGAGGCACCAAGCGAAGGGUGUCGUCACCGCAUGCACCGACCUCACCUUUCUCGUCACCGGGUUGUGAUGACGAAGACGAGAGAGUCCACUUUGACCACCCCCACAACGCCCCGUCGCGGAAGAAAACGAAAAAACGUACCGACGACAGACGCGCGCCAGACCUGGUUCGGCGGACAUUGGAUGAACCCAUGGUGCUCCUGUGCUCUGGGUUGUCCCACGAAGACAAGCUUGCCGUGGAGGAGUGUGCAUCGCACGUGCUGCAUGCGACCAUCGCGCACGAAUGGGUCCCGCAGGUCACCCAUAUCAUCGUGCAAUGCCAGCAUCUUUCUGCAUCGAAACUCAAGCUCAUGAUGCCACCAAGUCCGUCCGUCCCUGCGGCGACGACCGCCGUGUCGAAACCCAUCAAGCGAUGGGCCAAGAUUCGAUCGCUCAAGUUUUUGAAGGCGCUGGUAAGCGGCCGAUGGAUCGUUGGGCCAGCGUGGAUCAAAGAUUGCUUGCAGCAACGGAAACACGUCGACGAAGAAGUGUACGAAGUGCAUGGCCUCGUGAAGUCGCAUCAUGUGCUCGACGUGGCGAAGAAAGCACGACUGUUGAGGGAAUCCUUCAUGGCUGUGCGAGGGGGAGAGAGCGCGUCGUCUAUCGGCACGGGGCUUUUUUCUCGUUUCAUCUGCUACGUACACGGUCAAUUCGCAUCCCCGCUGCCUCCAAAGGCUGAAAUUUGUGCGCUCAUUCGCCUUGGCAGCGGCAAAGUGUCCACAUCGUGGACCGAGGUGGAGGCAAUGGCAGCAAAGGACCCGUCGCUCCCGAUCGUCGUCGUCAUGGAGCACGCCACGGAUGCCGCGUCGUUCGUUCAUCCAGCCACGUCUUCAGUCACAGCAUCGUCCUCCAUCGCUUGCGUCGGCUACGACUGGGUCCUGGACUGCAUUAGCGAAUGCCGCAUCCGUCCCGCUGUGCCGCGAUAAAUUUGAAGUUGGAUUUAUAAAACAUUUUAUUAUUAUUCU